UACAGCAGCAGCUGUAGCGCGUGGUUUCAGCCGAAGGGCAGCGUCCCGAGCAGGGCGCGGCUGCAGCUUGGUGGCAGCUAUCGCUGGGGCGGGCACCGGAGCUCGGCCCUCGGAGAUGGGGGCGGGAUUUUAGAAAGCAGCCCGGGACCUCGCCAGUGGAUGCCGGGGGCUCUUCCUCGUUGCCUCUGCCGCCGCCCAUCUCUCUUCCCAGGGGCGCUCCCACUCCCAGACUUUGUUCCUGUUUCCCUGGGCGCUGCUCACCAAAGGCCCCGGUUGCCAUGGUGAAGGAGAAAGUGGCCCACCCCCAGGACUCCCACCACCCCGCAGAGAAGCCUGUCAUCCACUGCCAUAAAUGUGGGGAGCCGUGCAAGGGCGAAGUGCUCCGGGUCCAGACCAAACACUUCCACAUCAAAUGUUUCACCUGCAAAGUGUGCGGCUGUGACCUGGCCCAGGGGGGCUUCUUCAUCAAGAAUGGGGAGUAUCUCUGCACCCUGGACUACCAGAGGAUGUACGGGACACGGUGCCACGGCUGUGGGGAGUUCGUAGAAGGAGAGGUGGUGACCGCCCUGGGCAAGACCUACCACCCCAACUGCUUCGCUUGUACGAUCUGCAAGCGCCCAUUUCCACCCGGAGACCGAGUCACAUUCAAUGGGAGAGACUGCCUCUGCCAACUCUGUGCACAGCCGAUGUCUUCCAGCCCUAAAGAAACCUCCUGCUCCAGCAACUGCGCUGGCUGUGGACGGGACAUCAAGAACGGGCAGGCGCUGCUGGCGCUGGAGAAGCAGUGGCACUUAGGCUGCUUCAAGUGCAAGUCCUGCGGGAAGGUCCUCACCGGGGAGUACAUCAGCAAGGAUGGCGCUCCGUACUGCGAGAAGGACUACCAGGGGCUCUUCGGGGUGAAGUGUGAGGCCUGUCACCAGUUCAUCACAGGGAAAGUCCUGGAGGCAGGCGACAAACACUACCACCCCAGCUGUGCACGAUGCAGCAGAUGCAACCAGAUGUUCACAGAAGGAGAGGAAAUGUAUCUUCAAGGUUCUACCGUUUGGCACCCCGACUGUAAGCAAUCCACCAAGACGGAGGAAAAGCUGCGGCCACCAAACAUUCGUCGCUCUCCAUCUGCUUUCUUUUAUCCCAAAAGUCUGAUUCGACGCACAGGACGGUCCCCGUCUCUGCAGCCUACCAGGACUUCCUCUGAAAGCAUCUAUUCUAGACCAGGCUCCAGUAUCCCUGGCUCUCCCGGUCACACUAUAUAUGCAAAAGUGGACAAUGAAAUCCUGGAUUACAAGGAUUUAGCAGCCAUUCCCAAGGUCAAGGCAAUUUAUGACAUUGAACGUCCAGAUCUCAUUACCUACGAGCCUUUCUACUCUUCGGGCUAUGAUGACAAACAGGAGAGGCAGAGCCUGGGAGAGUCUCCAAGGACUUUGUCUCCUACCCCAUCAGCAGAAGGGUACCAGGACGGCCGGGAUCGGAUGAUCCACCGGUCCACCAGCCAGGGCUCCAUCAACUCCCCGGUAUACAGCCGCCACAGCUACACUCCGACCACGUCUCGCUCUCCCCAACAUUUUCACAGACCUGGCAAUGAGCCAUCCAGCGGCCGGAACUCCCCUCUCCCCUACCGGCCGGACAGCCGCCCUCUAACUCCAACUUACGCUCAGGCCCCUAAACAUUUCCAUGUUCCAGAUCAAGGGAUCAACAUUUACCGAAAACCACCCAUCUACAAACAGCAUGAUGCAGCUGCCCUGGCAGCCCAGAGCAAGUCUUCAGAAGACAUCAUCAAGUUUUCCAAGUUCCCAGCAGCCCAGGCUCCAGACCCCAGCGAGAUACCAAAGAUUGAGACGGACCACUGGCCUGGUCCCCCCUCACUUGCCGCCGUAGGAGCUGACAUGAGACGCAGAUCUAGUGGCAGAGAGGAAGACGAUGAGGAGCUUCUGAGACGCCGGCAGCUUCAAGAAGAACAAUUAAUGAAGCUCAACUCAGGCCUGGGCCAGUUGAUACUGAAGGAAGAGAUGGAGAAGGAGAGGGAGAGCCGGGAGAGGGCCGCCCUGGCAGCCAGUCGCUACGAUUCUCCCAUCAACUCAGCUUCACAUGCUCUGUCGUCUAAAACCUCAUCUCUCCCAGGCUAUGGAAGAAACGGGCUUCACCGGCCUGUUUCUACAGACUUCGCUCAGUACAACAGCUACGGGGACGUGAGCGGGGGAGUGCGAGACUACCAGACCCUCCCGGAUGGCCACAUGCCUGCAAUGAGAAUGGACCGGGGGGUCUCCAUGCCCAACAUGUUGGAACCAAAGAUAUUUCCAUAUGAAAUGCUGAUGGUGACCAACAGAGGGCGUAACAAAAUCCUAAGAGACGUGGACAGAACCAGGCUGGAGCGCCACUUAGCCCCUGAAGUGUUCCGGGAAAUCUUUGGGAUGUCCAUACAGGAGUUUGACAAGUUACCUCUUUGGAGACGCAACGACAUGAAGAAAAAAGCAAAACUCUUCUAAGUCCCACAUGGAGACUGCAAUUAGAAAAGGACUGACAAUGGCGGCGACACGUAGGCUGUUGUUUUAAGGCCCAAACUUGAUUGGAGAACUUGCAAACUACUGUCCCUCGGCAACAACAAAAAGGGAAAAUCCGAGUAAAACACCCAUGAGCCAAAUGGCGGGCCAACCCACGGCAACACCUGCCCAGAAGCAACGGGGUCGAGAUGCCUGUGUUCCCUCACUCGACAGUAGCGUUCACGUGUGACCUUCUUACAUCACCUGAUGUACACGACAGGAGCUCCUUCUUUUGUCUUCCUUCAGCUGUUGUCCAACCGUAGUGCUGACUGUGUGGAUAAGAGCCAGCAAGUGCCCUUAGGAUGCCGCAUGGGAAAAAAAGCAGUUGUAAUAAUUCCAAAGUCUGAUUACAUUUAUUCUGUAGCACCGAGGCUGAGAAGGAAGAGCCAGAGGGACAGAUCGUGGGGGAGCAGCCUUUGCACACGCCUUUCCUCACUGGCCUCAGGCAGCUCUGCCUGUGCUUUAGCAGGAUGGAAAUCCGAGUCGGGGACCCUGGCCGCUCUGUCUGAGUGGGUUGAAUAGCCGCCAAAGUCAUUUUUAAUAAGCUCCUCGUUCCCUACUGUUUGCUAAGGGCUGAUGGGCAAAUGGCUUAGCUGUUAUCGAAAAAAAAAUUAAGAGAAGGAGAAGAAAAGGAAUGAAUGAAAAUUCUCCCUUCACUCUUUCCUAGUUCAGAACGUGUGCUUCAUUCUUCCUCCCCAGCAAGGUCAGGAGCCGUCUAACCCCUUCCCCUUUUACAGAGAAAGGAAAGGGGGAAAUUGUCUCCAGGUUGGCCCCAUUGUAUGCUGUUAGAUGAGUUUUGCCCAAGGGCCAGAGCAGUCUUGGCAAAAAACCCCCCAAAAGUUCCAUGUCCUCCCAACGCAAGCUCUCCCGCCCAGCAUCCUCUGCUCUGCCCGGCUUCCUCUAGAUCAGAUCAGGCCCUCACUGAUUCGGGGUUUUUUAAGGUCUUUUCAGUGCUAGGCUAAGGGAAGAUACGUUUUCCUCUUUGAAAUUGCUGCAACUCCAAGGUAGAUUGCCUCAAACUGAUUUAAUUUGGCCUUUUCGGCUUUCUCUCCUGGCUGUGUUGACUUCCUGGUGUGUCUGCGUGCGUGUGUGUGUGUGUGUUGACUCACCCAGGGCAGUUUGAAGAAUCUGCACGUGCUCAUAAAUUUCACCCCUGCUUCGAAUGUUUGUCCCAUUCUGCUUCUAAGAGACAUUUGCACAGGUGCACGAGACAAAGAUCAGCAGUGAGGCUAAGUGCAUCCCUGACACUGCGUCCCUCGUGGGAAGGUGUUGGUGGUUAGAAGCCAGCGUAUUCCACGAGAGAUGGAGCUCAAGUGAGCGUCAGACUGAAGACUGCAGACCUAGGGUCAGGCUGUGUGUGGACCUCAGAGCAUCUCACCAGAGUCUUUAAACUUAGCAACACAAGAUUCACACUGGAGCCAAAACUUGCACGUAAGACUGCACCAUGGUUCCUGAAAGCCUCUGGCUGUGACUCAAAACAGGUCAUGAGUCACACGUAGGAGGUUGUCACAGUUAUUCUCCUGCUUUGGGGGUCUGCUUAAGAAUUUAAACUCUGUUUGAAGCCAAAGGAGAAAACAUAGGAGAUUGUCACAUUUAUGUGUGUGCUCUGGGGGAAGGGGUCAGCUUAAGAAUUUAAACUCCGUUUUAAAGCCAAAGGAGAAAAGUUUGGAUUCACCUGCCUACACACUAGUGACAAAAGCUCAGAAAUUCUUCCUGUUGGCACCAAGCGUUAGAAUUGGUUAGUAGCUGACACUCGUGGCAAAAAGCAAGCAGAAUAGCCUGGGCUCGUGCUGCAGACCUGACUAGUGACGCACUCCAGGGACGGGGCGCUGCGUGAGCACUGCAAUUGCUGUAUAGUAUUCUGUGCUCUCCCUGAAGGCAUCUAAACUCGCCUGUCCUUUCAGGGCUAGGCACUGAAUGUUUGAGGACUGUUCUCACAAGUUGUGUGUGUGUGUGUGUGUGUGUGUUGGACCUACUAACGUGCUUAGCAAACGGCUCUGACGAGGUGGACGUGAGGAGACCACCUCCUCCCUGGCGUGAAGCCAGCAGCCGCAGUUUUGCGUCUUGCUUCAUUGAGUCCUUCCACUGUCCCGUCUUCGCUCUGACCUUCAUGCAUCGGCAGCCUGAGCACGACGCCUGUGGGUCCUAAUCGUUGUUUCCCUCUGGCAAAGUGUGAGUGUGUGUGUUCACUCACCCAGGGCAGUUUGGAGAAUCUGCAUAUUCCGGUAUAUUCCCAGUUUUUCCCUGCCACACUCAAAAACAAGGAUGGCCCUGUGGAUCCUAGGGCUCAGCUGGAGGAGAGGGUUUUUUUCAUUAUGGAGAUAAUAAAGGACCCUCAGUGUUUUUCACUGGCCAUUGAGUUAUAACCUAUGUACUUGCGGAUCAAAUGCCAGUGGCAUAAAAAUUGCCAUGAUUGUUAAAGAACUGAGCCCUAAAUUUGUCCCCACUAAUGACUCUACUUUUCCUGUAACUUCUGAGUUUAGUUCUGCAUCCACCUUGGGAGGAUAAAAGCUUCUUUCCAGAUCAAGUGUAUUAGCUAAUUUAAACCUUGCAAAAUGCAUUGCCAGUGAAUGCCAGUAGCCUCCUGGCUACAAGCACAACAGAACUAUGCUCUGAGGAGGGGGGCACUGGAAACCAUCAUGCAGAGUGGGCUCCCCUCCACUCCCCCCCCCAGCGGAAGACCCCAACUGGAGGCAUGGGUCACGAAACAACCUGGUUCUCCCAACUGCCAAAUCGAAUAAAUGAGCUGCAACGCCCCAUCUGUUUUGUUGAACUGGGCUCAGCAUGCUUGUCCCCAAAAUGUCCAGGUCACUGCACAGGAAAUCAGUGUUCCCUGCUUGAACCCCUCCCUGCAUUAAAAAAUUCCGGUUAACACAGUCAAGUUAAUGAGGGUUGUUUACUGCAGGAAAGGAAGUGUCCACAUGGCAGGCUUCCGCGGUGCAGACAGAAAGGACUACAUUUUUGAGCACUGGGCUUGUGGUUCUUGAAGCACACGGAUGGCAUGAAGCGGCCUCUACAACAACAGGGAAGUCAGUGCUUCCUUUAAAGUUCCUUCCAGAAAAGCCAGGAUACCAUUUAGCCUUCUGGUGUGAUUGACAUUGGGACAUACAGAACAUCUGGAACCUUGUACAGCUAGCUAGGCAUCUCUAUUUUGGUUUGGGCUUAUUAGGAAAUGUUCUUAAUGUGACUUCUUCCAUAACAAAAGAUAAACUACCUGUUCUCUGAAAUCUCGAACAGAAAAACUAGAGUCAGUGGGUAAUAAGGUGCAAAAAGCAAAUGGGUAGUGUCUCUCAUGUCCUCUGGUCUCCUCGCUUCUCCCAAUUCUGUUGUUUCCAAGCUGAGUGUCCUCUUCCGAGGUGAGGCUGGAACGUAUCUCUUUCCACCUCUCACCCUCUCCAUCUGGUGAUGACAGUCCACUUUAUUUGGAGAAGUCUUGCUGGAAACGUUUAUAAAACUUUUCACUUAAUUUCUUUAAUGCAAACACCUUUUUUUAAAGAAUGGUUUCUCAGAUGAUUAUAUAAAAUAGAUAUGCUUUUGCAAGUUUAAUAAUUCAAACGAACACUUUUGACUAGGUAGGUCUUUCUAAAAACUCUUUGAAGCAGAUGUGGUGUCAGUGUUGUCCUGUGUGCCGAAGGGGCAGGCAGCCUUCCAGGCUGGGGGUCCCAGAGCCCCCUUCUGCCUGUUCAGAAAGGCAGCAGGACGAUCAGCCCUCUGUGUCCUCUGAAGCCAGCUUGGUCUUUGCAAACCGCCUCUUCUGUAUUUCCAGUUACUGUUUAAGCUGCACUCCCUAGGCCAGCCUGGAUUUUAUUUGACUUUAAAAAUUAUUUUCUUUUGAUAAACCGAGUGUUUAUCAGGAUGCCCUAAAGCUCACUCAUUAGGACUCCCUUUUGAAGAAUGUUCUGUUCAGAAGAAGAGAUUAUUUCAGGCUCGAGAUUUGUAACGACACCACCUUCGAGUGGCGAUGUGCAUGAAGGGGACUACCCGACUACGUUGUAAGGAGAGAAAGAGAAACUUUUACUUUGGCAUUAAAAAAAAAAAAAAAAUCACUGUCUUUCUAUUUGCUGCCCAGGAAACAGCAGGGAGAUGGUGACUGACACGCUUUGCAUAUGGAUCUUUGUGUUUUCCAUUGGGGCAAGUUUCACUGACAACAAACUCAAAAGGAAAGGGGGAGGUGGUCAGUUUAAGCUGAAAGAAACUUCCUAAACAAUUCUUGUGUAUGCAGCAGAAUUAGACAAAUCCAACCUUUUCUGAUGCUUAGUAUAACUGAGUGGCGAUUGUUAUCAUUAAAUAAAAUAAAAAUUCCUCCCCAAAGUGUCUCUCCCAAGAGUGAUAAUGCCAUGAGUCACUUUUGGAGCCAGUUCAACAAAGGUAGAGGAGACCGACUGUAUACAUGAACAUGUGGAAAGGCAGUGAGCCACGUGGUGAUUGUACACGUGUAUGUUUCUUUACCCCACUUAAAAAAAGACAAAUGUCCACGGGAUUGUUGUUCUUUGGGGGUGUUAAUUACAGACCCAUCAAGUCAUAACGUGUGUGGUUUCUGUGAGUUGCAGACAAUCCUACAUUGAAGCUUUUGCAGUUCUUUUAUUUUUCAGUUGGGUUUAAUGAAAUUUUUUUUUUCAAGUGUUGGAAGGCAGGCUGUUCUUCCUGCCUUCCUUCCCCUUCCAGAGUUAUGAAAGCAAAUAUUUGGAAGAAAUGUUGAAAAGCUGUAUCGUGUCCCCCGUGAAAGCGAGUGGGUGUCCGUCGGCAUCCUGAGUGCCAUGUGCCAGUGUGCAGAGGUUGGGGUGGCCUUUGGGCCCGCGUUGCUGUGCUUUUGACGCCCGACCUGCUCCAUGCUCCUGUUGAAAUCAGCACUUGCCACCCCUCUGCCGCUGUCCUGCGUCACUGUUGUCCCCACUACUCGGUGAAUAAAGUGUGUGCUUUAUUCGUAA